CAGUUUUAUGCAUUUAGCAAUUCAUAAACAGGCUUUAAGAAAAAAGGGGCUAGUGUGGAUUGCCAAGCAGCCAAAUUCUUUUCUAACUGACAGAUGCAGAGGGGCUGUAAAUCAAAAGGCACUUUUUGAACAUCUGAAACGCUAUUUUGUAACUCAUCCAAAAACAGAGCACAAACUAAACAUUUUGGAUAAAACAAACUAUGUCCCACCCAAGGCAAGGACAUUUCAUCACACUGGUGCUGCUGUCAUGGGCCGCUGUGGAGGUGCAAGGAGGCUGUCCACUAAAAUGCUCUUGUCCUUCCUCACCCCCCUCGUGUCCUCCUGGUAUCAGUUCGGUUCUGGACUCAUGUGGGUGCUGUCGGGUCUGUGCCAGGCAGUUUAACCAAGACUGCAGCCCUACUGAGCCCUGCGACCACAUCAAGGGACUGCGCUGCCACCUAGGGGCCGGUGGAGACCCUGACAGAGGCUUGUGUAGAGCGGAGGCUCAGGGUCGCCCAUGUGAGCUGGAUGGACGGGUCUAUCAGCACGGCGAGGACUUUCAGCCAACUUGUGAGCAUCAGUGCUCUUGUGUUGAUGGAGUAGUCGGCUGCGUCCCACUGUGCCCACACCGCAUCUCUCUACCCGACUGGCGCUGUUCCCGCCGCCGCCUCACCAAACUGCCCGGCCGCUGCUGCGAGGAGUGGGUGUGUGAUGAUGACAACCGCAUUGCUGAAGUGGAUCCGUUGCCCGACGCACAUCCACGAAAGCAUACAGACCUAACAGGCAACGAGUUACUUGUAGCUUCAUCUACUUCUUGGGACAGCAGUGCAGGAGCUCCUUAUCAAGAGUGGAUUUCAUCCUCAAAUUCCCACACCAUCCUUCCACCCACCUGCAACCUGCAGGUCACCGAUUGGUCCCCGUGCUCAGCCACCUGUGGAAUGGGCGUGUUCAGCCGUGUAACCAAUAGUAAUCCUGAGUGUCGGCUUGUCAGUGAAACUAGGCUCUGUCAGAUACGAGAGUGUGGCGUCAACCUUGCACCGUCACUGAAGAAAGGAAAGAAGUGUCAAAGAACCACACGACCAGAGAAGCCUGUGCAGAUCGUAUUUGCAGGAUGCUUCACUGCUCGCCGUUACCGGCCUCGUUCAUGUGGAUUCUGCUCAGACGGUCGCUUCUGUGUUCCCUCUGUGACACGUACAAUCCGUCUACACUUUCACUGUCCCGAACCGGAACGAGACGACUUUACGCGCAACAUCAUGUGGAUACAGCGCUGCAGCUGCAGUCAAAGAAACAGCAGACAGGGCCUGUCAUCACAAGCAGAGCUUUUCAGUCUGCCAAACGAUAUACACACAUACACACACUGACCUUAGCUCAAGAACACAUUCAAAAGCAUUUUCUCACUUUUCUACUGUACUCAGUUUUCUGUAAGAAAUGUUUUAGACCGGCAUUCAUCAGUACAACAGUAGUCUCAGUAUAAAAAUAAUAUGUAUAUGUAAUAUAUAUGAUUGUCAUUGCUGUUUUAUCAGGUUUGUGGUGACACAGGAGAUAAAUUAUAACUGUAAAGCUUGUUUGAUUUUAAGAAAAACAUACCAUAGUAUAAUCCAUACGAUAGUAAAGUACAUACACAGACUAAUAAUUCAAUAUUCAUACCGUUUUGUUGUAUUCAUAAAACCAGAUUUACUGUAUAUACUGUAAAUAUGUAUUAAUCCCACUGUACAUAUAUGAUGUUUUGUUUGUUUAUAUUUUAUAAUAUUUAACAGACUUCAGUUCUUGUGAAGUGUCAUAUUCAAACCUCAGUUUUUUGAGGUGAAUGACAAAUAGCAAAUAUGGAGCGA